AUGUCCGUCACACUUGAUCAGUCGGGCACAGAGAAGCCCAAGAGAAGCUUUCUCUCAUCUCUCAAAACCUGUUUCACUUACCUCGAACUCUUGUUCGCCGCGGGUCCGACCUGGGUCGAUUACUUCCUCAUCGCGUUGGGUACUCUCUGCGCCAUUGGAGCUGGUGUUCCUUUCCCUCUUAUGGGCGUCCUAUUCGGCCAGCUCAUCGAUAACUUCAACGGAGCCACUUGCGCCGCAGAUGGUAGCGGCUCGGGAGCGAGCGAUGCGGCAUCUGAUCCUCUUGACUACGAGAAUGCUAUCAACGACAAGGUUAUAAAGACUGCCUGGAUUGGUGCUAUUGCACUUGUCCUGAUCUAUGGUCAUCUGACCUGUUGGAACAUCAUCAGCCAGCGUCUUGCUCAGCGUUUACGGACUCGCUACGUCUCCGCACUUCUGCGCCAACCUCCAGAGUUCUUCGACACUCGUGGAUCAUCUGGGCAAGUCUCAAGCCGACUCCAGGGCGACAUCACAGCUGUGCAGGCCGGGACAUCAGAGAAGGUUGGCAACAUCAUCACAACCAUGAGCUUUUUCGUCACUGUCUUUAUUAUUGCCUUCACGAAACAGCCAAGACUCGCCGGUAUCCUCAUUUGUAUGCUCCCGGCCUUUCUUCUUUCUGGAAUACUAGGGGGAAGAUACCUGGGCAAGUUUGUGGUCAAACAGACGGAAGCAUCCGCUGCAGCCUCUUCCAUUGCUUCCGAGGCUCUGUCGCACGUUGCUGUCGUUCAAGCUUUCGGUGCCGCUCCCCGCCUUGAAGAGAAGUUCGCAGAGCACAUGGCCCGUUCUCGCAAGUACGCUAUAGUUAAGUCUUCCAUUGCCGCUAUCCAGACUGGUAUGCUGUACUUCAUUGCGUACUCCGGCAAUGCACUAGCUUUCUGGCAGGGCAGUAAAAAGAUCGCUGAAUCUGUGGCACGCAACGACGGGAGCACCACUGUUGGUGAGAUUUAUGCCAUCGUCUAUCUUCUCGUAGACGCUUGCGUCAUGUUGGGCGGAAUGGCACCCACUCUUCCAUUUUUAGGAGCAGCCGUAGGUGCAUUCCAGCGGCUUAAGGAAGACAUUGAUGCCCCUUCAUCCAUCGACGGAACUUCACGAGAGGGUGUUGUACUCCCUCCAAGUGCAGCAAAGACCCUGACAUUCCGCAACGUGUCCUUCGAGUAUGCCUCUCGGCGAGGCCAGCCUGUCCUCGACAACGUCACGCUUGACUUCCCGGCUGGCAAAUAUACGGCGAUCGUCGGGCUUUCGGGGAGCGGCAAAAGUACUAUCGCAUCACUGAUAGCACGUCUGCAUGAUCCCACCGAGGGCACAGUCGAACUGGAAGGGCACGACUUGCGAGAACUCAACGUCAAGUCUCUACGAAGUUUUAUUAGCUUCGUUCAGCAAGAACCCUCUCUUCUCGACCGGUCCAUCCUCGAAAACAUCGCACUAGGUCUGGUGAACUCUCCAAAGGAGUCCCACCAACACCUCAAAUCAUUGCUCAAGGGUCCCGAGCUCGCCAAGAUGGCUGCCAAGGGCAAGAACGCACUAGAUUCAGCUGCGUCUCUCGGGCCCGAGUUCGUCGAAAUUGCCAAUUUGAUCCGUCACGCCGCUGAGCAAGCUGAUGCGGCCAGCUUCAUUGAACGUCUCGAAUUAGGCUAUGGUACAACUGCUGGGCCCAAGGGGUCGCUUGUGAGUGGUGGUCAGAGACAACGCAUUGCACUUGCUCGGGCUUUGAUCCGGGAACCUGAAAUCCUUGUCCUGGACGAAGCAACAGCAGCUCUCGAUUCUGCGAGUGAGAAGAGAAUCCAGCUCGCUGUCGAGAGGGCUGCUGCUGAGAAAAGAACCAUCAUCUCGAUUGCGCAUCGUUUAUCCACCAUACGUAAUGCCGACAAUAUUGUCGUCAUGAAGGCUGGGCGAGUCGUUGAGCAAGGAACUUAUGAUGAUCUUAUGGCCAAAGACGAUGGCGAAUUUGCGCACAUGGCAAAACUGCAGACAGUCGGCAAUAAGAGUGACACAGGAUCCGUGGACGGCGAGUCGAUUGGCGCUUCAACUCUCCGAAACGACACGCAGCUGAGCGAAAAGACCGAGGUUUCUGAGGCAAAACAGUCCCUGGAUUCCCAGAUAUUGGGCCGGGAGAAGGAGGUGGCCAAGAAAAAAGAAGAUGUAGCAUCAAAUGAUGAUGAGCUAGACGAGGUGAAGCCUUUCAGCUCUGUCAUCAGGGGUCUUGUCUGGUUGAUUCGACCAUCCCUGGGCUGGCUCACCCUCGCCAUGAUCGCUGCUGUCUUCGUUGGGGCUACCUUUUCUGGUUCCGGUAUCAUAUUUGGCUUCACUGUCGGGGCGCUCAACCCUUGUGCAAAUACCCUCGACCACAUAAGUUCCAUGGGCAACAUGUUUGCGGGCUUGUUCUUCAUGCUCGCGGGCGUGGAGCUUAUAGCCAACUUUCUUGCUUGGCUGGGCUUCGGCAUUGUCGCAGAAAGGCUUCUCUACAACCUGCGAGUUCUGUCGUUCCGAUCCUUGCUGGAGCAGGGCAUCCACUGGCAUCAGUCUGAAGGACGAACACCGACCAGCCUCCUUGGCAUCAUUACCAAAGAUAGCAUGUCUGUAGGUGCCUUUAGUGGUUCAACUUUCGGUACCGUGUUUGCCAUCCUCAUCAAUGUUCUCAUCGCGGUCAUCAUUUCCCAUAUCUUUGCUUGGAAGAUUGCCUUGGUGUGUCUUGUGACGCUUCCAAUAUUGCUUGGCUCAGGUUUCAUGCAGCUGCGCAUGCUGGCGCGUUACGAAGAGCGACACCGCGAGGCCUUCUCUACUGCCACAGCACUUGCAACUGAGGCUAUUCAGUCCAUCCGUACAGUGGCCGUCCUUUCCCUUGAGAAUGAGUAUAUGGAAGGUUUCGCCCGAUUGUUGAAGCCUCCGAGGGAGCAGGUUGUGCGCGCCUCGGUCACAACUAACAUCUGGCUGGCCAUCUCAUAUACAACCGGUACCUUCAUCAACGCUCUCGCGUAUUGGUGGGGCUCGCAGCUCAUCAUGAAAGGAGAGUAUACUCAGAAGGACUUCCUUAUUAUACUAGUCGCCAUGUUGACGAGCGCUCAGCUUUGGAGUGGCAUGUUCUCACUUGCUCCGGAAUUCUCUCGUGCUCGCCUGGCCCUGUCUCGCGUCAUGACGAUCGUCAACAUGGGAAGUAGCACACACACAGGAAAACCUGGACAGGAUCCUUCCAAGACUGAGGGGGACGUCGAAGCAUCCGGUGGAGAAAAGUCGCUCGGCCCAGCGGACAACCAUCGUCGUGGAGGUGCAAAGGUGACGUUCAAAGACGUUUCCUUUGCUUAUCCUAGCCGACCCGAUGCCACUAUACUCGACAAUGUCUCCUUCGUGCUCCCACCCAACCAGUUUUGUGGUCUUGUUGGUCCUUCAGGAGCGGGCAAAUCGACCAUCAUGAACCUGGUCCAGCGUUUAUACGAGCCGACAUCUGGCAGCGUGCUCAUCGAUGAUAAUGACAUCAGCAAGCUUCCAGCGUCAUUUAGAGAUACGAUUGCUCUAGUACCUCAGGAUCCUGCCCUCUUUGAUGGUAGUGUGCGUUUCAAUGUUGGCUUGGGAGCACCUCCCGGUCAUGAAGCCACAGAUGAUGAAAUCAAGGAAGCUUGCCGUCUAGCGAAUAUACAUGAUGUUAUUGAGGCCCUUCCUGAUGGCUACGAUACUGAAUGCGGACCCUCAGCUUCUCGUUUAUCAGGCGGCCAAAGACAGCGCCUCGCAAUCGCCCGUGCUCUUGUUCGUCGCCCCAGGCUAUUGCUCCUAGAUGAGAGUACCAGUGCUCUUGACGCCGCCAGCGAAGCAGCUCUUCAAGAGGGCCUCGAGAGAGCAUCAAGGGGCACGACGGUAUUGGCCAUCACUCAUCGACUGCAUACUGUGCAGAAAGCUGACACCAUUUUCAUCGUUGAAAAUGGACAAAUUAUCGACAAUUUAGUUGUCAUAUCCCGCCCGUCACUUCUUACCUUGACCCCUCACUCUAAUGCAAUGGCUGAAGCCGUGGGAACUGCCCUCGCCGUAGUAGGCGUUCUCGGCCAACUCUUCGACGGCUGCGUCAGAGCCUACAGCCUCUUCACCGCAGCAGCCAACCUUGACACAGAUAGCCAGAGACUUCUAUGUAAAGUACGCAUUGAGGAGAUGCGCCUGGUCGUCUGGGGCCGGGACUGGGGUGUUGCGGAGGGAAGACUUGAAGCUCAUCUUGAAAGCACAAGGAAUCCCCAGCUGAGGAGUUUGGCACUUCAAAUCCUCGAGGAGUUGCAUAGCGCGGUCACAGACUUCAAGAAACUGAAGAACAGAUACGGGCUAGUUGACGAGGGGAGAGCCAGCUUGGAAGUCACUGGAUCGAAGCCAAGAAAGUCGCCUUCACCCUCAAGAAAGAGAUCAAAAGAUGAUGAGAGUCGCGACUUGAAUGGUGUUUCAAGGGUAACAAGUGAGAGAAACUGGGGCAAGGAGAUGGGUUUAAGAGCAAGAUGGGUUAUAGCAGAUAAAGACAAGUUCAUAAACCUGCUAAGGGACCUGCGAGACUUUAAUGAUGGCCUCGAACGCCUUUUUCCAACCUCUCAUCUCCCAUCGUUUCAACGGGCUUGGACGAACCAGCUGCUCGAGUCUGCUCAGCGUGACGUUACUCAGCUUACCCUCCUUGAAAUAGCUUCGGACGGCGUCUACCCCAAGCUCACGACUUCGGCCAACCUCAAGAAGCUCCGAAUCAACCUAGACGCCAAGCCUCAGGCCUCGUUCAAGCCCACGUUCGCUCUCAAGGUUCCCCGUGCUGCACUUGAUCUCAGUGGGGAUGCUGGUGAUGGCGGGAGAAGUACAGGACGGCAUGAGAGCGCGGGAGAUGUUGUGAUUGAGUGGGUUGACUAUGACCGCGAUGAUGUAGAUGAGCGUGUAGCUCAUGUGCGUCGUCUCGACGAUCUUGCUCGCAUGAUGCACUCCGCUUCCGAUUGCCAUCCUGACCUUCAUAGCAUCGACUGCGUAGGCUACGUUGACGACACUUCACGGUGCAGAUACGGGCUCGUAUACAAAGCGCCCUCGCCCUCUUUCUCAACGCUCCACGAACUCAUCGCCAGCUCGGACCUCAAGACUCCCAACCUCGAUGAUCGAGUCCGUUUGGCACAUACGCUCGCCGUCGCCUUGUGGUCCCUGCACUCACUUGACUGGCUUCAUAAAAGCCUUUGCAGCUCAAACAUUCUCUUCUUCCCUUCGGCCUUUUCAGCAUCGGCUCACUCGUCAACUGCUGCUGGGGCACUUGUACCAGAUAUACAGUGCCCUUAUCUGACGGGGUUCGAUGCUUCAAGACCAGACCUUGAUACUGCGCUCUCUGUCGCGCCCCGUAAUCCUUCGAUCCUUACGCUACACCGACACCCAGCUUCCUUGCGAGGCUUUCCUCACUGCAAGCCCAUGGAUAUCUAUAGUCUGGGUUUGGUGCUCCUUGAAAUAGGUCUCUGGAAGGUUCUUCAAACAUACCAUAAACCACACUACUCCAUAAGUCGAUGGCGCGACAAGGUCCUGCGUGCAGUUCUCGUUCCCGGUCUGGGUAGCAAGGUCGGUAGUCGAUAUCGUGAUGUCGUGGACAAGUGUUUGGCCGUGAGUGAAGAGAUGACAAGUGCUGAGGCCGGCAAGGUGAUAGAAGAUGUAGUCACAGCUCUCGAAGCCAUCCGGACCUGA